UCUGAUAGAUAUUCAGUUAUGUUGAUUGAAUUACGUACAUGAAGAGUGUUCAACCUACGGUUAAUAUUAUCGUCAGUUGUGAAGUUUCGAAAACAUUCUUUAGUUCAUUUUAUUUACAACAAUUUGAUUACAUAAUAGAAUGGUUAAUUAGUCACAAAUAUCGGUUUAAAUUGCUGGCGUUAAAAAAUAUCUAGAAGUGUUACAUAAUGAAUAUACCUUGCACGAUUUGUCGAAAGGAUUUAUUCACGUGCGAAGAUAACAAUAAAGUGAUUAGUUCAACGAAAUGUGGUCAUGUUUAUCACCAGCGAUGUCUCUUUCAAUGGAUGGAAAGAUCAGAAACAUGCCCUCAUUGCCAUACGGAUCUGGGAAAUUAUAACGUAUUCAAGUUGAAUUUAGUUAGUGGAGAAACAUCUGUAGUUCCGAAAAAGAAAACGCUGAAUUGACGAAACGUGUGCGAUAUCUCGAGAAUACAGAAUGUUUUAUGCUCGAACAGUUGAAUAACGCUCGCCAAACAUUACGAGUAAUGAGGAAUGAUAACAUAAAUACAAAAUUGGCCGAUGAAAGAUUGAGGAAUGAGACCAAGAAACUUGAGGGUGAAUUAGCGACGAGAAAACCGGAACUGCGAAAAAUAAAACAAGACUUCCAAACAGAGAAAAAAAGGAAGGCUGUAUUGGCGAAACGUGUAAAAUAUCUCGAGAAUACCGAAUGUUUUAUGCUGGAACAGUUGAAUAACGCUCGCCAAACAUUACGGGUAAUGAGGAAUGAUAACAUAAAUACAAAAUUGGCCGCUGAAAAAUUGAGGACUGAGAACCAGAAACUUGCGGGCGAAUUAGCGACCAGAAAAACGGAACUGCGAAAAAUAAAACAAGACUUCCAAACAGAGAAGUAGGUCUUAUAUGUUAUAUACCUAGUAGAUAUUUACUAGUCCGGCAUAUGACAAUAGGAGUAAUUGCACCACCCCCCCGGCCGAUCCUCAGAGACACCUUUGUUCUUAAAGGGGACAUCCUAAGGAACAUUUUAAAGCAAACUUGCCUAAAAAAAGUUGGCCUUACUUACAAAAUGGCGGCCAUUUUGAUUGACACGUCAGCCGAAAUCGCAGAUUUUGCGUUUCAACAUAGGAUUUGCACGAAAUUUUUCAAACUUUACAAAGCUAGAUCGAAAGAUCAUGCAAAACUUCAUCACCUGUCAAAAUUUUAAGAGCAAACGUGCUUUUUUCGAUUUUUGGUGAAUUUUUGAAAAUCGAAUUUUGGCUAAAAAUGAUGGAAAAAAUCAAAAUUUUACCAAACUGACCCAGAAAAUUGAAAUUUGGGAUAUACCCUAUUUUCGACAUGCCAAAUCGAUUGGAAACUGUUUCAACCCGUUUUGAGCAGUUCUGGAGUCUCCUGCAGAUUUUUGAAAUUCGAAAUUCCCUCAAAAUUCCAUCAAAUUGGAGUUGUAAAGCUGAAAUUUAUUCUAAAAACUACAUUCAAUACGCUAAGAAGUACUGCAGGUGAAUUUAAAGUCAUUUUAGAGCCUCCAGCGACUUUUUUGAAAAUUUCCGGAGCCUCCAGCAGAUUUUUAAAACUCGAAAUUCCCACAAAUUUUCCAUCAAAUUGGAGUUGUAAAGCUAAAAUUUAUUCUAAAAACUAAUUUCAAUACGCUACGAAGUACUGCUGGUGAACUUCAAGUCGUUUUGGAGCCAUCAGUGACUUUUUGAAAAUUCCUGAAGCCUCCAGCAGAUUUUCGAAACUUUAAAUUUUCACAAAAUUUCAUCAAAUGGAGAUGGAAAGUUGAAAUUUACUCUACACGCCAAUUUUAACACCCUCUGAAGACGACUUCAGGUGGGUUCAAGUCAAUUUAGAGCCUCCAGUGACUUUUUUGAAAAUUACUGGAGCAUCCAGUAGAUUUUUGAAACCUGGAAUUCCUGCAACAUUAAUGUAUCAAAUCAAAUUGGCAAACUGAAAUUUACUUCGCAGACUACAUGAUGGUUUCAAAUGGUUUUGAAGUUUUCAGCAACUUUUAGGAAAUUUCAAUUUUCCAAACAAACGCCAUUCAAACUGUCAAAAAGACGCUGGAGGCACCAAAACGACUCAAAGUCUACCUGUAGCUGACUUCGUACCGUAUUGAAAUUAGUUUACAGAAAGAAUUUCGGCUUUCCAACUCCAUUUAAUGAUAUUUUGUGGGAAUUUCGAGUUUUAAAAAUCUGUUGGAGGCUCCAGUAAUUUUUUAAAAAGUCGCUGGAGCCUCUAAAACGACUUGAAAUUCACCUGCAGUACUUCGUAGCGAAUUGAAAUUAGUUGCAGAAUGAAUUUCGACUCUCUAUCUCAGUUUGAUAAAAUUUCAAGUUUCAAAAAUCUGCUGGAGGCUUCAGGAAUUUUCAAAAAGUCGCUGGAGACUCCAAAACGACUUGAAAUUUAUCAGCAGUCAACUUCGUAGCGUAUUGAAGUUAGUUUGCAGAGUGAAUUUCGGCUUUCCAACUCCAUUUAAUGAUAUUUUGUGAGAAUUUCGAUUUUCAAAAAUCUACUGGAGGCUCCAGUAAUUUUUGAAAAAGUUGCCGGAGGCUCUAAAAUGACUUGAAAUUCACCUGCAGUACUUCGUAGCGUAUUGAAAUUAGUUUUUAGAAUAAAUUUCAGCUUUACAACUACAAUUUGAUGGAAUUUUGUGGGAAUUUCGAGUUUUAAAAAUCUGCUGGGGGCUUCAGUAAUUCUAAAAAAAGUCGCCGGAGGCUCUAAAAUGACUUGAAAUUCGCCUGCAGUACUUCGUAGCGAAUUGAAAUUAGUUUGCAGAAUGAAUUUCGACUCUCCAUCACAGUUUGAUGAUAUUUUGGGGAAAUUUCAAGUUUCAAAAGAAAUCUGCUUGAGGCUUCAGAAAUUUUUAAAAAGUCGCUGGAGACUCCAAAACGACUUGAAAUUUAUCAGCAGUCACCUUCGUAGCGUAUUGAAGUUAGUUUGCAGAAUGAAUUUCGGCUUUCCAACUCCAUUUAAUGAUAUUUUGUGAGAAUUUCGAGUUUCAAAAAUCUGCUGGAGGCUCCAGUAAUUUUCAAAACAGUCGCCGGAGGCUCUAAAAUGACUUGAAAUUCACCUGCAGUACUUCGUAGCGUAUUGAAAUUAGGUUUUUGAAUAAAUGUCAGCAUUACAACUCCAAUUUUAUGGAAUUUCGUGGAAAUUUCGAUUUUCAAAAAUCUGCUGGAAGCUGCAGAACUGCUCAAAACGGGUGGAAACCGAGUAAGUUUUUCGAUUUUUGGUGAAUUUUUGAAAAUCCAAUUUAGGCCAAAAAUGAGGGGAAAAAAUGAAAAUUUUACUAAAUUGAUCAAGAAAGCUGAAAUUUGAAAUAUUCCCUAUUUUUGACCUGCUAAAUUGAUUGAAAACGGUUUCAACCCGUUUUGAGCAGUUCUGGAGCUUCCAGCAGAUUUUUUAAACUCAAAAUUCCCCGAAAAACUCCAUCAAAGUGGACUUGUAAAGCUGAAAUUUAUUCUAAAAACUGAAUUCAAUACGUUGCGAAGUACCGAAGGCGAAUUUCAAGUCGUUUUGGAGCCUCCAGCGACUUUUUGAAAAUUUCUGAAGCCUCCAGCAGAUUUUUGAAACUUUAAAUUUUCACAAAUUUUCAUCAAAUGGAGAUGGAAAGCUGAAAUUCACUCUACAAUCCAAUUUUAACACCCUCUGAAGACUACUUCAGGUGGGUUCAAGUCAUUUUAGAACCUCCAGCGACUUUUUUGAAAAUUACUGGAGUCUCCAGUAGAUUUUUGAAACUUAAAAUUCCCGCAACGUUAAUUUAUCAAAUGGAUUUGGCAAGCUGAAAUUUACUUCGCAGUCUACAUGGUGGUUUCAAAUAGUUUUGAAGCUUCCAGCUACUUUUAGGAAAUUUCAAUUUUCCAAAAAAACGCCAUACAACCUUUCAAAAAGUCGCUGGAGGCUCCAAAACGACUUGAAAUCCUCCAGCAGUCAACUUCUUAGCGUAUUGAAAUUAGUUUGCAGAAUGAAUUUCGACUCUUCAUCUCAGUUUUAUGAAAUUUCGGGGGAAUUUCAAGUUUCAAAAAUCUACUGGAGGCUCCAGUAAUUUUCAAAAAAGUCGCUGGAGGCUCUAAAAUGACUAGAACCCACCUGAAGUCGUCUUCAGAGGGUGUUAAAAUUGGAUUGUAGAGUAAAUUUCAGCAUUUCCAUCUCCAUUUGAUUGCUGGAGGCUUCAGAAUUUUCAAAAAGUCGCUGGAGACUCCAAAACGACUUGAAAUUUGCCUGCAGUACUUCGUAACGUAUUGAAUUUAGUUUUUAGAAUAAAUUUCAGCUUUACAAGUCCACUUUGAUGGAAUUUUGCGGGAAUUUCGAGUUUAAAAAAUCUGCUGGAGGCUCCAGAACUGCUCAAAACGGGUUGAAACUGUUUCCAAUCGAUUUGGCAUGUCGAUAAUAGGGUAUAUUCCAAAUUUCAGCUUUCUUGCUCAAUUUGGUACAAUUUUGAUUUUUUCCCCUCAUUUUUGGCCUAAAUUGGAUUUUCAAAAAUUCACCAAAAAUCGUUAAACGCACUUUAGCACUUGAAAUUUUGACAGGGGAUGAAUUUUUGCAUGAUCUUUCGAUCUACCUUUGUAAGGUUUGAAAAAUUUCGUGCAAGUCCUGUGUUGGAACGCAAAAUCUGCGAUUUCUGCUGACCUGUCAAUCAGAAUGGCCCGCCAUUUUGUAAGUAAGGCCACCUUAUUUUUGUGCAAGUUUGCUUUAAAAUCUUCCUUAGGAUGUCCCCUUUAAGAAAAAAGUUGUCCCGGAGGA